CUUGAACAGGCUGGUAUGAAUGUACAUGCACGUAUCACACAUUCUAUAUCAGAUCAAGAAGCAAAAGAACUUUAUUCAUACUUGGCUCAAGAGCCAUUCUACGAGGCAUUAGUUCAAUUCAUCACUUCUGGUCCUUCCGAAUUAUUGCUUGUUUCAAAAGGAGCAGAGGGUGUUAUUGAUGAAAUUAAUGAAUUCCUUGGACCCUAUAAUGUCGAGGCUGCUCUAAAAGAGGCUCCAGACAGCUUACGAGCAAGAUAUGGAACAAGCGAUUACAAGAAUGCGAUUGAUUCUGCAAGAGACGCUGGAGAAGUAGCUAGGUAA